AUGAUUCUCCUUUUCUCGCUGAGCGCUUUAACAUCUAGUGAAACUUGCACUAUCUAUGGUGGCCCACGCUCAGCCAAAAUAACUGAUUCAAGCUCUCAAUGUAUAAACGUUGUAGAUUCGUAUUUCUUUAAUUUAGCAGGUUUCUUCCAGAGUUCAGCGAAUGUAAAGAUCUCAAUAACACAUUCAGAAUUUUAUCGAGUUGUCGAUAAGAAUACAGAAGUCGAUAUCUCAAAUGCAAUUUCUAUCUAUGUUGGAGAGUGCUACUUUAAGAAAGAUAACUCUAGGGUCUCAGAAAAUCCAGUUCUAAACUGCAAUCCGGCCUCAUCUGGUACUUUCAAUUUCAAUGUUUCAACGAUACAAACUCCAACUCGUCUUCAUGAUAUUUCAUGCACAUCUGGACAGUCAUUUACGAGCUCCAAUGGUAAUAUCUCAUUUAUUGAUCUUGCCGUAGAUGGUAAUUUAUACAAUACAGAACUUGCUGGUGUUGAUUUGUACAUAACUGUACCUUUUACCAUUAAUUAUAUGAGCGAUAUUCACGGCUUGUAUGGAUCUGAAAAUAGCCUCUAUUUUGGAAGUGAAGGAUCUGUUUCUAAUACAAACAUUUGUAAUUCAAUCAUUUGGAAGACAGGAAAACUGAUAAAAUGUAAUUCCAAGUCAAUUGUAUGGGCAAAUGUACGAUUAAUUGACAUAAAAUGUUACGAUUCUGGUACAUUAAUUUUUGAUUCUGCCGGAAGUUGCACUUUUACAAACUGUUUCUACAAGUUCACAGUAGGUUCUAGCUUAGGUGUAUCCAAAUCCGGUCUUUCUGCAACAACAGAAUCCUCUGUUUCUCCAAAUAUGCACUUAAGAAUGGCCGGAUGCGCUGCAUCGAAGCAGUACAUCUACGAAGAGUUCCCUGUUCCAACAAGAUCUCCUUACCCUCCAUGUCCGCCUCAAGAAGUCAAACCAAAGCCAAAACGUCCAAUCAGACGUGUUGUUUCUUCAGGCGCAACUUUAGCAAUGACUAACAGCAUAUAA